CCCGGGCAGUGUUGGCAGCAGCCGGAGUCCUGAUACCUAAGGGGGAGAACUGGAGCUAGGGGUCUACAGACCGGUCCCCGGUACCACACAUGAUGUCGGCUGCCAGUGCUCGGGUGUACUGGAGAUGAACGCAUGCCGGCACAGAUCUGCGGUUACCAGCCGGCGAGGAAGCUGGAAGAUGCUGCGUGACUCCAUCUGACGACAGCGGCCACCUCAGCAGGUGCAAUAUUCUAUUCUGCAAGCAAUAACGGCAGCAUGGGGAAUGUGCUGGCGCUCUCCAACUCCCAGGUGCCCUGGAUCAUGCGGAGGAAGCCGGCGGCUCUGCCCAAUCCGGGGAGCUUCGAUGAGCUGCACAAAAGCUGCAAAGAAGUAUUCCCGCAGCAGGUGGAAGGAGUGAAAGUCGUCAUCAACAAGGCUCUUAGCAGCCACUUCCAGGUCAGCCACCACAUUCACAUGAGCUCUAUCGGCCAGUCCGGUUACCACUUCAACGCCAAGUACAUGGGAGACCAGCAGCCGGGCCCCAGCGAGACGUUCCCAUUGCUGGUCGGAGAUCUGGAUAACGCCGGGAGCCUCAACGCCCAGGCUCUCUUUCUCCUCGCCGAACGCAUCCGGUCCAAGGCGGUUUUCCAGACCCAUCACUCCAAGUUCCUGACCUGGCAAGUAGAUGUGGAAUACAGGGGAGAUGAUUGUACGGGGACCCUGACCCUGGGAAACCCGGACGUCAUUAAUGAAUCGGUGAUCCUAGUCACACACUUCCUGCAGAGCGUCACUCCCCGGCUGGUUCUGGGCGGGGAGCUGGUUUAUCACAAGCGGAUGGCAGAUGAAGGGGCCAUCCUGACGUUAGCGGGGAAAUACUCCGCGCCAAACUGGGUGUCGACUGUAAAUAUCGGCUACGGCGGGGCCCACGCCAGCUACUACCAUAAAGCGAAUGAACAGAUUCAGGUCGGGGUGGAGUUUGAAGCCAACACCCGCCUGCAGGAAACGUCCUUUGCUUUCGGCUAUCACCUGAACAUCCCCAGGGCCAAUAUGGUUUUCAAGGGAUCGGUGGACAGCUCGUGGUGUGUUGGGGGGGUGCUGGAGAAGAAGCUGCCCCCCUUGCCUGUCACUCUGGCGCUCGGGGCUUUUAUGAACCACUGGAAAAACAAAUUUCACUGCGGAUUUAGCAUCAUGGUGGGAUGACGGGAGCGGCCGAAGGGACUCGCUCGUGUACUGGUGCCUCCCCUUGUCCCCCUCCAACUGCCAGUAAAUGCACGCCCUGGGGUGGAAGUUCAGGAACAGGCCCCUGUUGUAUGGACAGAGUUAUUGUUGGUGUUCGGAAUGUUCUGAGCUGGAGCAGCGACCAAGGCGGAACCUUAUCGUGUCUCCAGAUAUACAUCGAGAAGGCUUCAGCUGAGGGAAUCUGAUGUUGCGGAGGGUUCGGGAGUCUUGCAGAGAGAGAGUCUCGCUGGCCACCGGCGCUAACAGGGUUUAAAUGUGCAGAAUCGUUCUCAGGCCUUCCUGUCUCAGGGCCUCAUCUGCCCGUUUCGUUUCCUGCACCUGCCAUCCGAUCACCCUUCCCCUGCGGCGACGUGGGCUCCUGACCUGCAGGGCGGACUCUAUUGCCUGAAAUACUUCACCAUUCCAUAUUUAUUGCAUUGCUGUUGUGUAACGGUUGCAGGAGAUAUAUCCUGUUUGGCCUCUUGGCGGCGCUGUUCCUAUUUAUAAAUCUGUUGUUUUCCCAUA